CUUGAUUUUGUAUUACCCCCUAUCAGUCUAUAAACCCCGCAUGUACUAAAAGCUAGUAGUUGAAGAACCUAAAGUGGGAUUUCUCUUGCCAUCCAAGUUUUUCUUUGCAGACUGAAGAAUGCAUAUAUUACAGCAGCUCUUGCUUUCAACCAUUCCUGCAGGCUUGGUUCUCCUUGUUUUCUUACCUUUCGGCGGAUGCUCAUCCCACAAUAUUCACCAGAACCAAGGCAAUACUCACAAAAUCAUCAAACAAGAUGUUUCUAGAGCGAGUCAUCAGAGGACAUUUGAUAUUACACUCCAUGGAGUUCUAUUAUGGGUAUCAGUUGGUUUCUUAAUGCCUUUUGGGAUACUUGCAAUUAGAAUGUCCAACAGAGAUGAAUGUGGCCGGACAAGGCUCAAACUUUUCUUCUACAUCCAUGCUAUUUCUCAGGUGCUCGCAGUGCUGCUUGCCUCUAUUGGAGCAGUCCUUUCUAUCAAAAGCUUUGAGAAUUCAUUUAACAACAGUCACCAAAGAAUAGGUCUAGCACUUUAUGGUGCCAUAUGGGUGCAAGCAUUGGCUGGAUUUCGCAGGCCUAAAAGGGGAACUAAAGGUAGAACAGUAUGGUACUUUUUCCAUUGGAUACUUGGGACAACAAUUUCUCUGGUAGGAAUUUUCAACAUCUACACAGGCUUAAAAGCCUACCAGAAGAGAACAUCAAGAAGCAUAACCCUUUGGACCAUCCUUUUCACAUCAGAGGUCUCUUUCAUGGGGCUCUUCUACCUCUUUCAAGACAAAUGGGAGUAUAUACAAAAGCAAGGAGUGAUAUUAGAUAUUGCGCCAAACACAGACUCUGAUCAAGUGCUUCCUCAGAGGGAAAACCAUAAGGAGGUCUUGACUGAACCAUGUGCGAAAAGAAAUGCACUUGAGAAUCUAAAUGGGAUUCACCAACGAAAUCGUGGGUGGGUCCAGAUGGGAGAGUGUACCAUAGCUAUGAUGGACUGGCACCACAUUCGCAUGAACCCAUAUACUCACUUGGCUACUUUAGCAGAAGAGCAGAAUUUCAAUGAAAGAGCUUUCACAAUUGGUAUUGGUGGCCCUGUUGGUACUGGUUUUUGGCCUAUUAAUCUUAGCUCCAUUUGA